CAGCUCGUCUGCUUCCUCGACCAUCUGAUUAUUCCUUCAGAAGACGAUUAUACUCUGUAUCAUUCGAGAUACUCUCUCUCUCUCUCUCUCUCUCUCUCUAUCACUCGAGAUACACACACUCUCUCACUAUGCAGCAUACCGAUUCCAACCCCCGAAUCCUCUCACCCUCGCCGUUCGGCCUGUCGCUUCAUACUUCCUUCUCCGCAACAACAACCACCACCACCACCCCUUUUCAUGGCCGUGCGGGCAGCGAUUGCUCCGUCAGCCCGCUCAGCUCGACCACCGCCAGCCCGACCUCGUCGCCCACCUCGCCCUUCCGUCGCAUGUAUCGCAGCCAUGCCCUGUCCGCCGGCUCCUCCUCCUCCGAACCGCGCAGCCGCAGCCAGAGUCCCUUCAGCCUGCACUCCAUCAUCCUCCGCCGUCGACCAUCGCUGGUCCUCCUCCGCCGUCGUCCCUCUGCCGUCGACAUGGCCUUGAGCGAGGAACGCUCCCGCUGCGACGAGGACUCGGUGGAACGUCAGGGCCUCAACAUGAUGGAACCCCGUCCCGUCGACCCGGUCUCCAUCCCCAUGGACCUCAACGCGCACAUCUUCGAGGGCCCCGUCGAGAACUGCGCUUCCUUGGGCCCCUCCUCGUCGAAACCACAGCACCCGCGUUUCGUCAUGGGCGGCAUCUUCGAGAUCAUGGAGGGGCGUGCGUAGCCUCCUCCUCCUCCUCCUCCUCCUCCUCCUCCUCCUUCCUUCCUUCUCUUCUGCCUCUUCUUCAUCACUACUACAUUUAUUUACUAUUUUUUUUUUCUUUUUCUUUCCGGUCUACUGCCACCCCAACGGCGCAUACGGAUGGGGGAAUGAUGAUUGCUUUUUUUAUUUUUUUCCGGCUUUUGCUAGCGGUGUAUGGAGUUUGAUAUUGAGGUCUGGGGAUCUUUAUUUCGAGUUUUUUUUUUUUUUUUUUUUAUUUUAUUUAAACCCUUUCC